AUGAAGAACUCUGUCAUUGCUCUUACCCUCAUUGGUGCUGCGGCUGCCCACCCGGCUGCCUUCAGGACCAAACGCGAGGUUCCUCAGGAACACGCUCACCGCAACGUUAACCUUGCUGUCAACACCCUGUUGAAGCUGAACAACCCAGACAACAUCCAGGAUAGUGUCUUUGCUCUACUUGGAGCGAAGGCGGCCGCACAGGGUGCUGGAGACAUCGCUGAUGCAGACUGCCUUCAGCAAGCCGUAGCUGACCAAGCCUUCACCAACGCUAAGGAAGCUGGUGAUGUCGAGGGCAUGACCAUGGCUCUCAUUUACCGUACUUUGGAACGAAACACAGGCUCCGUCGGUCUGGCUUCCGUUCCCUGCCAAUCCAUUCAGGCCGUCAACCCUGAGAUCGCUGCACUUCAGCAGCAUCAGGACCCUGCCGGUGAUGGAGCUCAGGCGCUCAACAAGCAGAUUGCCGAAGAGCUCGCACGCCAGAUCGCCUCAGUUGGAGGUGACCCAUUGAUGGCUAACGAGGCUUCGACUUUCGCGCCUGGCAAGAUCGGUGACCCAACCGGUGCCGGCAACACUUGCGACGUCGAUACUGAUGAUGCGGGAUGCAUCAACACUCAGAACCUUCGUGUUGAUGAUCUCACCGAAGACGAGAUUGCUGCUGCGGUCGCUGGUGUCAGUGGGGCUGCUGGUAACGGCACUGCUGCAGCCGGUAACGCUGCUGCUGGUAACAAAAACUCCAACGCUGGCAACGGAAACAACGCCAACGCUGGGAAUGACAAUAACAAUGCCAAUGCUGGUAACAACAACAAUGCCAACGCUUGUAACAACAACAAUGCCAAUGCUGGAAACGGUGGCAACAAUGCCGCUGCUGGUAAUGCUGCUGCUGGUAAUGCUGCCACUGGUAAUGCUGCCACUGGUAAUGCUGCCACUGGUAAUGCUGCCACUGGUAAUGCUGCCACUGGUAAUGCUGCCACUGGUAAUGCUGCCACUGGUAACGCUGCUUCUGGUAACGGUGCCGCCGCAUUCGGCAGCUGCGACCCUACCAUCACCUUUGGUAUUCCUUCUGAUGGCCGUAAAGAGGAGGCUUUCGAGCCCACCGACCUGAGCACCUUCAACCACGGGUCUGCUCAGAAGAUUGAUAUCAUUUCACAAUUCAUCUGCUCACAGAUGUCUAACAAGUGCAAUGUAGACGCUGCAGCUGUCAGCACCUGCGAUGCUGCUGCGUCUGCCGCUUCGGGACUUACAGGUCAGGCGGCUGCAGAUGCUUUCAACUCUGCUCUCGGUCUGUAG